ACUCUCACCGAAGCACAACUCCGUGUCGAGCAUGGCGCAGCCGUUCGACUGGUAGACUACCAAUCUACAGAAAGAAGCACACCGGCCAGCGCCCAAACGAAGUGUACAGACUUUUUUGCUCCAAUCAACUGUGCAGAGUCACCUUCAUUUGUCGGCUGCUCUGCCCUGUUCUGGAGGGGAUGGCAUGUUCUCGUACCUCGGCCUGUGCCGCUUGGGCUCGAGUCCCGUUCAGUGGGCCGACCGAGAUGCAGGCAGUCCCACCCUCACGGCGACAAUUGGCAGAUGAGCAUGUCGGGACCGAGACCGUUGGAUGCACGUAGUCGAGACCAUCUGCCGGACGGUGAGACCCGGACGCUGGCCUCGACUGGCCUGACGCCAGUUCGAAUGCGGUGCAUCGAGGAUACGGUUGACUUGUUAGUUUGGGACGAGGCUGAAGCAGGAACAUCAACCUCGCGGCUUCCAGAGUGGACUCCACUUCGAGCUCGUCAUGUCGACACCUGCACCAUUAAAUGUGAUACGGGAGACGAUCUGAUCUUUCACCAAAAAAAAUUAAGUCUCGCGACUGUCCCACUGCUGCCCAAAAUGCCUCCUUCUCCAGGCCAACGUCGACUCGCCUCAACUACUCCCAUCAGCAGCACCAAAGUGGACGCGAACCGGGUUCAUGUUGGUACAAUGUACAAUGGCUCUCGACAUGUACCAACAUGA